UCCAGCUGCGCGUGUACGACCACGAGGGCGAGUCGUACUUGACGCCUCGAAUCCCCAUCAACGACGGCUCGGUGGUCGACGCCGGCAAAGUCUUUGCGGCCGUGUUCCAGGCGCUGCCCAACAAGGUCUUUUCGAGCAUUUCGUGCCACCGCGCCAGUGAGCCCGACUAUCCAAAUGUGAUUCCCGCGCUCAACGUCGGAGGCGUCCUCGAGCGCGGUUACUUUGUCGCGUGUCAAUACGUUGACAACCCGGGUCCGAUGCGGCUGCCCGAGGUCGUCGCGUCGCAGUUUGCAGACAGCUCCCCCGCCAUCUUGACCACGGGGGUUCGCGCCGUCGUGACCGCCAACAACCGCCGUGGCGAAGCCAUCGACUAUUGCGCGACGGCGUCCGGUGCCUACUACGCGAGCGGAAGCGGCCUCACGUUCGCAGUCUCGGGCUUGACCACGGCGUUCACGACCUUGCCUGCCCUCGUCAAGAUCAAGGACCGCCUUGCGAUCGCGACUGCCGUGACAGCAAACUCCAUCACGUUCGCGUACCGGCUCGUGCAAAUCACGUUCACAGCGGGCAACAUCAUCUACUACGCAACGGGCGUCACGGUCGCCGCCGACGCGUGUCAGAUCGGAAUAUGGGACGUCGGCUCCGACUCGUUCACGUGCGUCGAUGCCGCGGUAGCGCCACUUGUCGUCGUCGGCAGCAAGAUCGUGUUCGAGAACGCCAUCUACUAUGUCCGGUCGAUCGCGCCUGCGGUGGCGUUGGUGCCGGCGGUCAUUACGGUCGACCGCAAAUUUAACGGCAAGGCGCUCGAUGGGUCGGCCGUCUCGACGGCUUCCACCUUCUACAUCCUCUCGACGCCGACAAUGUCGGCGCCGGGGACGUACACGUACGUCUCGCAGUGCUCGGGUCGCGGUCUCUGCGACUUUGGCUGCGGCAUUUGCCAGUGCUUCAAGGGCUACACCAACGACAACUGCGACACGCAAAACAUCUUUGCGUUUUAAGUAGUGUGGGCUCAUCCUCUGUACAUACUCUGUGCCGAAAAUGCAAGUUAAUUUGUCUGUCCCAA